AUGAAGGAUGGAGGUACUGUAACCUUAGAAGAGGACCUACUACGGUUCUUGACACCUGGAGACGACUUUAAGGCGGUCAAGAAUGCGGUCCAAUCAUUUCACGAUGGGCAGCUAUCGUGGAAAGCCUGUGCAGAGCAACUGCGAUCAGCUGAUGCUGCCAACGCCAAAGGUGACGCCAGCUCUAAGCUGAUGUUCUGUGCCUUGACGCUGAAGCACCAUGCUUACGACGCACUUCGCAGAUUGUGCCCAGAUGGAAAACCAGCUGGGCGCCAGCUGCGUUCGGAGGCCAUGGAUGACCUCUGUGAGCUCUGUAUACGCUAUGAGGUUAUAUGUCACUUGAUAUUCCGCCAACUACUUUACGCGUUAUGUGCAUUAAUCAUCAACUUCUUCGAUAUGAUGGCCAAUGAACAGAAUCUAUUACUGACUGAUGCACUAUCGCGCUUUGAAGAGAGUCCUUCGCUGCAGUACGAGCUACUUCGUGCAUUACCAGAAGAACUAUUUAACAGCAAUGUUUGUAUAUCUGAGGCAGCUCGAGGUGACGUGGUUCGAGGCUGUGUGAUGUUUGGUCCACGCAUUUUCGUACGUCUAUUCAGAUGUAUGAAGGGUAAAUCACCAGCUGACUUACAGUUGCCUAUGAGCGCUCUUGUCAGUUGGCUCGAGAUGCACAUACUUUUGGUACGGCACUUCGGACGUACAAAGGAUAACGUUGUUACCGAUGAGCGUAUUACCAGGUCGACGGUUGACAAAGACGGCAUACCUGCCAAAAUACCACUUGACGAUGCGUUGUUGAUUCGAAACAGUCUCAACUCUUUCAGCGCGAUCCGGGGCAUAUUAUCACUGUUUGAUCAGUUACGGAAAUCUAUCGUGGGCAUGAACGUUGAAUUGUGUGAGAUAACUUGCGAGGCACUGAUACACUUCUACUCCUUGACGCAGUUCAACCUCACGCAGAUCAUGCACUCAACUAGCCAACGUUGUGCUGAAAAUCGAGGCCAAGCUACACGCAAUUGGAAUGUCCACGCAAAGGUUCCUAUAUCAAGGUUACCAUGCGUUGUGACCGACAGCUGCCAAUGGGCUAUCAACUUCUUAUCGGAGUUACAUACGCUAUUUGGGGUUGCCUUGACGCAUCGUGAUAAGGAUUAUUGCUUAAAGAAGAAGCGAGCCUUGACAAAAAUAGCCUGCAGUGUCAUGGAACUACUGGUGGUCAUUGCUGCGGAGCACCUGCCGUUCACGUUGCUGUUUGCGCCUAACCUCUCACCAAAGGCUACAGCCAUCUGUUUGUUUGUGAAACAGUUAGUCCAUUACCCAGAUCUGCAUUGUCGUCAGUUGUGCCUCGACUUUUAUUCAAACCUUCUGAAUAUACUCUUCACUCUCAAAGGCACGAUGGGCGAACCUCACCUCUCGAUUUGUGUUACGCGGAUAGUAGAGGUGCUGCGUCAGAUCUAUACGGAGUUUGUUCGCAACGUUAUAAAGAGCGCUACGCUAAACCUUGAGGAAGAGAACAUUGCGGAGUUCGCACAUUACAGGCGUUUAGUAUCGGUAUUCAUCGACGAUGCAUUGCACAUUGUGGGAGUGAAUGUCUUGGCGCAAGUUUUACAGGAUACCGUAGUGGCGCUAUAUACAAAAUUCGACUGGGUUACGGCCGAAUUAGCUGCGUUUGUACUAUGCAGUAUAUCCCAUCGUAUGACUCCUGACGUUGGAACGGAAUUGAUCGAGAAAUACCUAUGCAAAGUAUGCAUUCCAAGCUUAGUUCGUGAGCUCUAUGGGCAUUAUUGUGAGGAACUUGCCUCCUUUAUCCACCGUAGCAUAUGUGACUGCAUCAUGCUGACCUGCGGCAUCGUGGCUAGGGAUCCGGUGUUGUUAAGGGCAGCAGAAGAAAUAUGUCUCCUAGAUUUUUGCGACAAUGAUCGUAUAUAUGGCGCGUACUGUGCCCGCACUCUGCGUGCACUGGUGCUUUGCGCCGGGUACGCUCACGGUGAUGUUAUUGACCUUAUUCGACGUGCUACGCGGAAGGUGGUGAACAACGAGUGUCCUUUGGAGUCCCGCAUAGAGCUGUUGGGGACCAUAGGCGAACUCAUGUCUACAUUGAGUGACUGUGACCAGAUGCAACUUCGUCGGAGAUUUGUGAACACAAUGUCACUGCGUAUGAACCAAAUUUUGGAUUUAGGUCAUACCGAACACAUAUCCGAUGAGAUCACUUUGUAUCUCUAUGUGCUUCGUAUCGUCGAUUUCAGACCAGAAUUGCCGGUAGACAUGACUUCUCGCAACCCUGAUGGCGUCAAUGCCUCGGUCUGCCUUGACCGUGAGUACGAUACUCUCCGUCGUAUUGUGAAUAUGAACGCAUUCUGGCCCCAGGUUGAUAUGUGUCAGGAUUCACUACAGAUUGAUGGAUUUUCUACCGAGGAUGAGAUAAACAACGUUGGACGUUGGAUACUGUGGUUUUUAAAUGCAUCAGCGUUUGGUAGUCGAAGUCAGAUGUUAGUGCUGCGAGUAGUCCUUCAAUCUAAGCGCCUAUGUCAACAGGAGCUGUUACUCGGUAGAUGUAUAUUAUUAAUCAAACAAUAUACAUCUCGUUUGCUGGUUACGAUGUUUGACGGUUUGGAAAUGCCUGUUGAGCCAAAUGGUGAAGUACCGCUGAAUCCAGUGCUUGUGUCUGCUAAAUCUGAUGUUGAGAUGGAAAGCGGCGUGGAAACAGAACCUAAGGGCACUGUAACAUCACCUUAUGAAAAUGGCUAUCCCAGUUCUAAUACCAACAGAUCUAAUACUGGUGACUCUCCUAGGUUAAUGUUGGCUACCGUUGAAUUGCAAACGAAUGGUUCUUGCAGCAGCGAGUUACAGAGCGAUAUUCCCAGCCAAGGUACCCCUACUAGGGUCCGUAACAAAUCUGUGACACCCAGCAACGUUGAGAGUGCCUGUGGAGCUCCUACCAGUGAUUACGGCCCGUCCACUGGCCGUUGCGCUGAUAAUGAAGAGAAUUACACUAAUGGCACAACUAGGACCGAAGCGAGUAGCGGUGAAUUUGCGUUUGAGUACUUGCCUUCUGAUAUGCAUAUCGAUGCUGAAAGGAUUAAUUUUAACAUGGCUCGUUUCCGGAAUGAAGCUGAUUUGUCUUAUCUUGAUUUGUUUACUCAAUCUUUGAGGGUUGGCAUGAGUAAUUAUGUAGCUGCUAUGAAGAUUCUCUCUUUACAGUUAUUUGAGCAGUACCUGGCAUUCGUGGCUCUGUUGCUACCUACUGACAACCCUAACGUGAACCGUGAAAUUAUGGAACUCUUUGUGUCAUUAGUACGCUGGAUACGUCGUGCAUCUUCGAGGAAUGUGGAGGAGAGAACUGGUCAUUGGAUGAUACGUAAUAGAGUGCGUGAGUUAUUUGUUGGGAAGUGUAAUUUCUAUGGUGAGAACACUAUGCUGGAAUUAGUGACCUCUGGAAUUUUGAAAUCUAUUGUUUCAAGACCAUGCCAGGUAGAAUCUCACAUAAUGCCGGCAACCUUCAUGUUACAUACAUUUAUGGGAGAUAAGCAGUUCUACUCUACGGUCGCAGCAAUGAUCAAGCGUUGCAUAAAGGCUUCUACUAAUCAUCGGCACAAGUUAAGGACUUGUAGGAUCACUACUUGGAUGACAGCUCAUCAGCUUCGCUGUUUGUUAUCUAUGUUAUCCACUGGUGAGAGCUACAUAAAAAUGCCGCGCAUUAGGACGUUGAACUCGCGUCCGCCUCCCGAAGGCUGGGAGCUUAUCGCAGAUACGCUUGAAUCUCUAGAAGAGCGUAUGAAAGCUGCCGAGCGCGAGAGUGGUGAUGGCAAGCGUCGUAGCGAAGUACAAUGGCCAAUUUUUCGUAUCCACCACCAGAGAUCACGUUAUAUUUAUGAACUAUUCUAUGUGCAGAAGAAAAUCUCAAGGGAGCUGUACGAUUAUUGCGUCAGAGAGGGACAUGCAGAUCCAAAUCUAAUAUCGAAGUGGCGUAAGCCAGGUUAUGAACGGCUGUGCUGUUUACGUUGUAUCCAGACGACAAAUCAGAACUUCGGAACUAGCUGUGUCUGUCGUGUCCCCAAGCGAGACUUGGAGCCUGGGAAGAUCAUCGAAUGUGUUUCUUGUGGUUGUCAUGGCUGUGCUUCCUGUGACUUUAACGACGAUUGA